AUGACAUCCAAGUGCUGCUCGACGUACGCCGACGCUCUGGCGUACACCGCGUACCGCUUGCGUCACCACGAACGCUCGCAUUUACGAUUUUCUCGGCACAAGCUCACUAAACUGGCAUGGUUCGGGAAAAGGUGUAAAAGCGGUGCCGAAGAUUCGCUGGUGCAACGGCUUUUGGACAUGGAUAACGAUAAAACUACUGAGAAACGGUCGCAAACACCAAAGGUGUUGGUGUGUUUCGGCGACGGAUCGCUGCGGGACGGCGUGAGCUACGGCGCGAACCGCAAACCCGCGGUGUGUUCGCUACGCCGGGCGUUUCACCGGAGACGAGACCGGUGCGCGGUCGCGGACGUGGACGAGUACAUGACCACUCGGUGCUGUUCGAGGUGUGCGAAACGCAUGACCAUGCCGCCCAAACACAAAAAGGAAUCAACACCGCCGUCGCCGAAGAGUACAGGGGAUAUCGCGAUCGGUCGACGUCGACGCCACGAUCACAGGUUCCAGUUUUGCCCGAAAUGUGGAAUCACUUGGAAUCGUGACGUCAACGCGGCCCGCAACAUCGCCCUGGUGGCCCGCCGGUUGGUCGACUAUCGAAAACUAUAUCCUAAUAAUAAUAAUUUUGUAACAAAAAAAUAA